ACUAAUCUGACUGUUAUCUCUUGGAACUGAACCGCAUCUACUUUCUUUGAAGAAACCCCAUUGUUUGUGUUUUAUUUGGCGCUACCCCCUUCUCCACCCGGCAUCUAUCGUUGACAUGGAGACCGAGCGGACGACCGCCUGCAUUUAGUGUCCAGCCAGCGACAAGCGAUGACAGUUUGGGGCAUAGAAGCCAUCACAUUGAACGGAAAGACGGUAAAGGAAAGUUGGGAGCACCCGCCGCAAAACGGUGGAUAUCGGAUAAUUCCGGAAGCGGGAGCCAUGAACUCGGUGGAGCGCUACCGACAAGAAUGGACGCAGCUGCUGGAAAACCUUGACGCAGAGCCGGAAACUCUCCGGCAGUCGGCAUUCGCAGGAGACCUCAAAAUGUCCAAGUUUCGGAGUGUCCAUUGGGCACUCCUUUUGCGUGUUCUGACUUCGGAGCACAGAACCUGGACAUCCCAGAGGCUCCAGCAGCGCGUAAGGUACGACAAGUUCCGGGCGGACUAUGUUCGGAAUCCCCAUCAACUAGCAGUGGAUUGCAACGAUGACCCGCUGUCGCAAUCGACGCAAAGCGUCUGGAAUCAGUACUUCAGCGAUCAAGAGCUAUUCGCAGUCAUCCGACAGGAUGUGGUGCGCACCUUUCCGGGCGUGGACUUCUUCCGCAAGCCAUUGGUGCAGAAUGCCAUGGUAAACAUACUAUUCUACUACGCCAGGGAGCAUCCGUACAUGUGCUACAGACAGGGAAUGCACGAGAUCCUGGCCCCCAUAAUCUUUGUGGUCUACAGCGACCACCAAUCUUUGCUGCACUUCAGCGAGCUGGCCAAGACAGACAUCAAUCCCACGCUGCUCGACGUACUGGAUCCCGCCUAUCUGGAGGCGGAUACUUACUCUUUGUUCUCCCGCCUGAUGGCCUCCGUGGAGUCGUACUAUCGCGUCUCGAAUCUGGUCUCCACUCCCGGUGGCCAUAUCGAACAACGAGCCGAGAGCCCCGGGGACAAUGAGACGCCGUCGGAGGCGGAGGUUAUCAGCCAGCUGAACUUCAUACGGGACAAAAUUCUCGCCAAGCAGGACCAGCACUUGCACCACUAUCUCCAAAAGAUGGAAAUCCCGCUGCAUAUAUUUGGCAUACGCUGGCUGCGGCUCCUCUUCGGACGGGAGUUUAUGCUUUUAGACCUCUUGCUUCUGUGGGAUGCCAUCUUCGCGGACAGUGAUCGCUUCGACCUGCCCAACUACAUUCUGGUCGCCAUGCUGGUGCACAUCCGUGAUAAACUGCUGCUUAGCGACUACACCACAUCACUGACGUAUCUAAUGCGCUAUCCAGGAAACGUGGACGUUCAUUUGGUGCUGCGUCACGCUCUCUACAUGCUGAACCCCAAGCAGUUUGACUAUCCAUCGAACGCCUUCACCUGUGUUUCAUUCACUAACAACUCUGCCGGCAAGGAAGUACCUCCUCCAACGGGUCAACGCUCACGAACCGUCUCUGAGACCUCAUCUUUGGCAAACAGUGGCAGCCAAAUCGAUAGGCAAAUCACCUUCAUGCAGGAGCGCAAUGCGGCGGAUUCUUCGGCUUUAGCCAAACUACAGGAUACACAUCGCGUGGCCAUGGACGGCUACUUGGAGAAUAGUCCCGAGCUUCUUCGGUUGGAGUUAAAAAAUGCCCAAACAGUUAUUAAGAUAGCCCGCAGCAAGUUGCAAAACUACCUGGGCACAGUGCGCCAUCAUGUGGGAAAGCAGGCGAAUGGAAACGAGGAGCUCAGCCGGACGCUGGACGGGAUCGAGGAGCUGUGCAGCUUUCUGGACGUGAAGUUCAUGUUCCCGCUGCACACACGAUCGGCGCCCAUCGAUCAGGCGCUGGAGGCCAACGAGCAGAAGCAGCUGAACACGACCAGCUUCCCGCCGAGAGCGACGCCCACUUCUACUCCCACAAUCACACCUCUUCCAACAACUGCAACCGGUGGCUAUCAGAUGCCCGAGAACGCCUUUAUGCACAGCUCUAUGCGGCGCCUCCUCGGAGAGCUUCGGGAAAUCGAGCUUUCUACGAUAACGAGCGACGAGAAACCAGGCGAAGCGGUGCUGCAAAACGGAUUGCCAGCUGCGGAACCCCAGCAGCGAAACCAAAACGAGUUGAGCUGA